AUGGGUUGUUCGGGUUCAAAAUUCGGCUCUGAAACAGAAUCUGUGCCCGCCAAGCUGAGGCCGCUUCUGCUUCUAAGCGAUAAUUCCUCUCAUCCUUAUGAUUUUGAUCAUAAGAGCAUUUCUUCGCAAGAGGAUCAUAGUCUCAAGAUAGCACCUGCCCCGGAGUCUGAUGAAACUGCUCCUAAGAAUAAGAUUGACCCUAAUAAGGUUGCAAAAACGGCGCCAUUGCUGCUGAUGUCACCACAUAAAGAUGUGAAUCACAAGGCCGUGGAAGCACCUUUGCCAGCAGGGGUGUCUGAAAAAACAAGGAAAGAGAAAAAUAUCCAACAAGAUUGUAAAGAUGAAAAUAAAGAGAAGGAAGCCGAAGUCAAGGCGGUGGAGGCAAUGCCCGACGUCGAAGAGAUGGAAGCAACAGAAACAGCCGGAGAUGAGAACGGAGAAGAAGAGGAUGGAACGCUCAGCAGCUUGACCCAAAAAUGCGACGGUCCUGGAUCCCCAAGUUUCAGAGUUUAUUUUAUCGAAUCAUUAGACAAUAUCAAGGAAGAUGGCAUUGUUAAGGAUGAUGAUGGUGAUGGUGAUGAUGAGGGAUCGGACAAAAAAUCAGAGUGCGAGGACAGUCCCGCCACCAUUGAAUUUACAAAUGCGGGUUCUGAGACCAAGACAAAGAACAAAGGAAAGAAAGGGAUCAGAUUAUGGAGGGUGAUACCCAAGGGAAGAUCAGGAGUUGUAAUGAAUCUGUUGAAUGUUAGAUCAUGCUAUACAGCCUGCACUCGCCACGAUAAUGCUAAUCUACUUGCGGAAAAAGCAGCCUCUUAAUUUUGUUAGAAUUUUUUUUUUUUGGUUAUAAUCUUUUUCACUAGACCACGGUCCUGUUCCUUUGCAAAAAGAUGGUAAGUUUUAUGUAAUCAAGGGUUCUGUGUCUAUAAUCUGUAAUCAGUGAAUGGAAUACUACCAUGUUUCUCAUGUAAUUAGU